AUGGCUCAAGUAAUGCCUCCAAAGCCGAUGGCUAAUCUCCCAGCCUUGGUCGAGAAGGAAAUCCUUCCAUUGAUACCUCCCGGAGAUUCUUCUCCUUGGAAGCGUCUCGAUAAUAGCUUUACUUUUUAUCCUGACAGCCCUCCCCUGAGCUCUUCAUCGUCAGAUACAGAUGAUCUUGAUCAGUCACUGUGUCAGUCUGUCGAGGUCAGCCAGAACGAUGAGCCGGUCAUUGCAGUCAUUGGUGUUGGCUAUGUCGGCACACAUCUGGUCAGCUCAUUCUCCUCAAAAUAUCAAGUCAUUGGGUUUGAUGUCUCUGCCAAGAGAAUCAAGGACCUUGGUCUUGAGUAUCAAGAGCAUGAGAACGUUUUGCCAACACUUCUCAGGCCUGACAAAACCAUCGACUCAUCCUAUCUUCGUGAUGCGUUGAAGACUGUGGGUGAAGUAGCUCGGUCUGGGUCAACGGUCGUGAUUGAAAGCUCUGUGGCGAUCGGUAUGACCCGUCAACUACUCGGUCCAUUGGCUGCCAACCGCCAGUUCUUCGCCGGCAUGUCUCCUGAGCGAGUUGAUCCUGGCCGCGUCGAACCUCCUGUCCAGUCCAUUCCAAAGAUCAUCUCAGGCUUGGACGAUAUCACCCCAGGCUCCCUCGACGCUAUAAACAGAGUCUAUUCUACUAUCUUCGAGACAGUUAUUCCUGUUUCGAAGCCAGAAGUAGCCGAGAUGAUGAAACUUUAUGAAAACUGCCAGAGAAUGGUCUGCAUCGCCUAUGCCAAUGAAAUGGCAGAUGCAUGUAUCCCACACGGCAUCAACCCAUAUGAAGUCUGCGAGGCAGCCUAUACAAAACCAUUCGGAUAUAUGCCGUAUUCUCCUGGUGUUGGCGUGGGCGGACACUGUAUCCCAGUUAACCCCUUCUACCUCCUCUCAAAUAGUCACUUCCCUUUGCUCGAGUACGCUACACUUGCGAUGCAUUCUCGACCAUCAAGACUAGCCGAGAGGAUGCUCAUGAGACUGAGACAAAGAAUCACAGUAAGAACACCUCGGGUCCUUGUAGUGGGUAUGGGCUUCAAAGCUGGCCAGUCACAGAUUGACAACUCCCCAGGAGCAGAUCUCGUCAAGAGUCUCGCUGUUUCGCGAGAAGUGGAUGUAUGUUGGGCAGAUUCUCUGGUCAAGCAAUCUGCAUUACCUCAAGUACGUCGUCUCUUAGAUGAAGACUGGCGGAAGGAUGUCCUGAGAAAGUUUGAUCUCAUUGUUGUGGCUUCCAGGCAGGCGGGUACGAGUUUUGAUAUCCUGGAUGAGCUGGAUGGAGUUGAGAUUGAGAGGUGGUGUCAAUGA